UCCCUCUCCAAAACCUAAACCUAAUUGCUUCGUGAUUGAAUAGCAACAAUGUCAGAAAUACCAUGUGAUAUUAUGAGAGACAUACUAAAGCAGUUGCCUGUUAAAUCUCUGCUUCGCUUCAGGUGCUUAUCGAAAGCCUAUUGUUCUUUAAUCGACACCCGCGAUUUCAUAAACCUUCAGCUCUCUACGAACACGAAUAGCAGCCUCAUAAUCGUUCAUCAAAAAGUGGAUCACGACGUUAAAAGGUAUACCAUAGAUUUGGAUUCUUCAGAGGUGGAAUGUGAUAACCCUCUUUCCAAGAGCUCUUAUAUUAUACGUGCUAAUUAUUGGGAUCACUUGAAAACUUCGUGUUUUAUAUUUGGUUCUUGCAAUGGCUUAAUCUUAUUGCGUAAUCCUCAACAAGGAAUGUUAUUGUGGAAUCCAUCAACCAAGAAGCAACGAAAGCUGCCUGAUUUUUGGGGACCGGGUGACGAAACUCGCAGCUGUAACUUUUUUCUCCGCGGAUUCGGCUAUGAUCCUGCCAGCGACGAUUAUAAGGCUGUCAUGAUCCUGAGGACAAUCAACGGAGGACACGAAACUAUGGUUUACAGCGUAAAACAUAAUUCGGCAAGAAGGGUCGAAGACUGCCCUUACGAGCCUGAUUAUCAUAUAGAUUCCGGCACUCUUAUUGGUUCUUGUUUGCACUGGAUUGUUCCAGAACCAAAACUGAUCGUUGCGUUCAAUCUGGAAUACGAAAGAUAUGGAGUAGUGCCGAUUCCUGAUGGCUGUAAGAAUGUGCCCCAGUGUCAUAUGAAAUUAGGGGAAGUAGAAGGAUGCCUUUGUGUGAGCGUGGAUGGCGGUUAUGUGGGGAUUUGGGUGAUGAAGGAAUCAUGGACUAGAAUAUUGUCUGUAAACGAACGGAAUUCGAAUAGUCCUUCUUGCGUCGGGUAUUCAGAAAAACGUGUUGAGAUUGAGAUGAUAGGAGCAGAAUAUGAUGAAAAUUCAGUUUCAGUUAGCUGUAUAAGAAGCCUUGUUCCGGUCCAUGUUUAAGCAUUUGUUUUAUUAAAUUGUAAUGUCAUUCUGUAGUUGGUUUUCUAAAAUUUAUUUGCUUAUACUCUGAACAAGGAACUCCAUAGUCUAAACCAACCUGUACAUAUUAUAUGCUUCUUCAAGCUAAAAGCUCUGAAUUGCAGAAUUUUCAUUCCCAAACCUGUGCUCUACUAUCUCUCGGCUAUUCAAUUUAUGUAUUGCCAAUGAAAUUCAUUUUUCCUAUUUUAUUGACAUGGGACUGAACUCACCCAAUACACUAAAAACUUCAUUUUCUGUCUAAUUUGUUAAUUAUUUUUUGUACUUUUAUCUGUUUUAACCAAUCUACCGUUGAAUUUUUUUUAUUCCGUCUGUUCAAUUUAGAUUAUUUUUCUUAUUCAAUUGGUUCAAUUUAUUCUUAUUCAAUCGGUACAAUUUUAAACAUUUGAUUGAUGGAUUUAAAAAAUUUCAAUACAAUAUCGACCGA